CUUCCACUUCCAUGCCUUUAUUUAUUUUUCUUUUGUUCUUUUUCACGUUUUCAACUCUCUAUUAUAACUAUUUCAUAAGUUUGGAAAAUUAAGAGAGUCAUCAUUAAUGUUGAAUACUUUCAACACAAUGCUUCCCUUCCUCGAAACUCAGAUCAUGUCACAAUAUCCGAUCCUCUGAUCACUUACAUCUCUCAUUUAAAUUAACAGCAACCAAGUCUCAGAAGAUGGAGAGCUCAACUGGGUUCAUGACAGUCUUCGCGGUCUCCGGAAGCGUGGUGCUCCUUGCAGCUCAGCUUCACAAGCGUCUCCUCUCUGAUUACAUGGACAAGCUCGACCCUCAACAUCUUAAUAAGGAAAGCAAGAAAAAGAAGAAGAAAGUGAGCUUUGCAGAAGAUAUGGUGGAGCCAUCAGGGAACAACGAAGAGUAUCGCCGGAGUUUUCGCAAAUCAAAGUUGGAGUAUCGAUCUUGAAAGCAGAAGAAGAAGAAGAAGAAGAAGAAGAAUCCCACAAAAGAGUCAAGUUCUAUAACAAGUCAACAUUCAACACAAUAGUUCUUUUUGUAUAAAUUUUCUCUUAUAUUUUUUUCCUAAUUUGGUACUAGUUCUAUAGUUGCUACAUACCCCAUUCAAUGUUUUUUUUUUAAUGUCAAACUGUCAAUGGACGUCGAUGUGUUGUUAAUGUUCUGAAUUCGUAUCGACUAGCGUAUUAAUUGGUACCAGCCAG